UAGAAACUUUUGUUUUGACGGUUUCGGGCGGAAGGAGCAGCAGGGGUUGUUAUGCUAAUGUGACUACUUGGGUGAAAUUGAAGCCUAGACGGAAACUUUUCUCCAGGACACGUUAGCAUCGUAAUGCGGUGACCUCGGUUCUGUGAGGCGGGAGUUAGAGCUCCAAGUGUCCGCUCGAGGGCGCUCACACACCGUUAGCCUGCGGAUGCUAGUGUCAGCUAGCCCGAAGAAGCGCCUGUGUUUAGCUUCCCCGGCAUCAGCAGCAGCGGCAGCAGCUGGAGGACGAGCUGCUGAAGUCUCGCUGUUUUUUCUCUGUUUUUAUUUUUCCACCGGCGCCCGCCAGCACAGGAAGUGAUGUGGAGAGCAGCUUUGCGGGCGUUCGCUGUUUUGCUCUUGGCCUGGUUCUUCGGGAACUUUGUUUGGGGCUGGUUUCAACGCGACAACGUAGAACCCCCAGCCCCGCAGAGCGCUCAUCCGAGCGGCGGCUCAGAGUCGGUGAGGCCGGAGCAGAGCUGCCUCUGCCACCUCACUGGUGUUCUGGACGACUGCUUCUGUGACGUCGAGAGCAUCGACGUCUUCAACAACUUCAAGCUUUACCCUCGAGUCAGGAAACUGACGGAGAGAGACUACUUCAGAUAUUACAGGGUGAACUUGAAGAGACCUUGUCCUUUCUGGCCUGAUGACGGACACUGCUCCAUCAAAGACUGUCAUGUGGAGCCCUGUCCUGAGAGUAAGAUUCCUGUUGGCAUCAAGUCUGGGAACUACAACAAGUAUUCUCAGGCAGCAAACAUCAUAGCCGACAUGUCAGAUUGUGAGCAGGCGCAGGAGCUCGGCGCCAUCAACAGCACACUGAGUAAUCAGAGUAAAGAGGCGUUUGUUGACUGGGCGAGACACGACGACGCCCAGGAUCACUUCUGUGAACUCGAUGAUGAGACGUCUCCAGACGCUGAGUAUGUGGAUCUGCUGCUGAACCCAGAACGAUUCACUGGAUACAAAGGUCCUUCAGCCUGGAGAGUCUGGAACAGCAUCUAUGAGGAGAACUGCUUCAAACCCAGAUCAGUGUACCGACCUUUGAACCCUCUGGCUCCAAGCAGAGGAGACGACGACGGAGAAGGUUUCUACAAGUGGCUCGAAGGUUUGUGUUUGGAGAAGAGAGUGUUUUACAGAUUAAUCUCCGGCCUCCACAGCAGCAUCAACAUCCACCUGUGUGCUCAGUACCUGCUGGACGAGGGCUGGGGUCGUUCAGUGUGGGGAUCAAAUGUCCGUGAGUUCCGGCAGCGCUUCGAUAACGCCGAGACGAAGGGCGAGGGCACGCGGCGCCUGAAGAACCUCUACUUCCUGUACCUGAUUGAGCUGCGGGCGCUUUACAAGGUGGCGCCGUACUUUGAGCGCGCCAUCGUCAACCUGUACACUGGAAACGCUCAAGAGGACGGAGACACCAAGGAGCUGUUGCUGCAGGUCUUCAACGAGAUCAAAGCUUUUCCCAUGCACUUUGAUGAGAAGUCCAUGUUCGCUGGACACAAAAUAGAAGCCAAAACACUGAAGGAGGAAUUUCGCCUCCAUUUUAAAAACAUCUCCAGGAUCAUGGACUGUGUCGGCUGCAGCAAAUGUCGUCUGUGGGGGAAACUGCAGAUUCAGGGUCUGGGCACGGCUCUGAAGAUCCUCUUCUCUGAGAAAGAGAUUAAGAAUCUUGGGGAACACAGUCUGUCGAAAGGCUUCCAGCUCACGCGGCAGGAGAUCGUGGCGCUGAUGAACGCCUUCGGAAGGUUGUCCACCAGUAUCCACCAGCUCCACACCUUCCGCCAGCUGCUGCAGGAGGAGAGGUAACAGGAGCUGCUGCUUUACCUGGCCAGUAGGUGGCGCCAGCGCACGGAGAACUGCACCUGAGCCGGGGAGAAAAUAAAAAAUAUUAUUCUGGAUGAGGGGAUCAGCAGUGGCGUUCCCAUAAUUCUCAUUUUCCCUCCCUAACGUCCACUUCCUGAUUCUGAUCCGGUUAGUUUUUUUCCCUCUUUGAGGUGUGAUUAAAGGAGCAGUCCGUCUUUUUGCAGACGUCUGGACGAGUCAUCGAAGUGACCGAGUCGUUCUCUGCUGAUCACGCCCCUCUGCUGACAUCACAUCCGGUCUGACUUUGACCUCUUGACCCUGAUUCAGACGUUUGUGACUCAACAUUCACUGUCUAGCGUCCAAAUGUUGUGACGCCACCGCUGCCCGUUUCUUUUUUUGUUUUUUUUCCACCAUUCCCUGUUUGGCCCGAUCUGCCUGUUUAUGUUAGCUAGCUAGGUCUGUGUGUGUGUGUGUGUGUGUGUGUUUGUGUGUGUGGCGCUGAAGUUUAGCUGACGUCCGAUUGGAGCGAAUUGGUCGCAGUCGGCGUCGACUGAUACAAAAUUUGCAUCUGCUUUGUACGUUGUUUUAUUCAGCAUGAGUGUUAACGGUGUUGGCUUUCAGAACAAUGCGUUCUCUUUACGACAAACAGACGUUUUUUUUGUUUGACAAUAAAACUCAAAUAUUUAACGUAGUGACGGGGCGGAGCCUGUGUGUGUGUCAGCAGUUGCAGCUAUAAUCUCAUGGACUAUGACUUGAUUCUAUCGUUAAAAAAUGUAACAAUAGUUUUACUUGUAAGUUAUUAUCGAUUACAGAUUAAAGAUUCUGCUCGUGUUUGACGCUAACUCUGUUUAAUAGUUAUUUUAAAAAAGGUUGCCUUUUUUUUCCCUAAUUAUGUUCACUUUGUCGCCCAGUUUGAUAGACUCCAGUUGCUAUAAUUUUCAUUGCAGCGCCCCCUGUGUUUGUAAUCUCAAAUAAUCAUUUUAAAAUUGCUUUUUCCAGUGUUUUUCAUGACGUUACCGCGUGCUGCCUAUUUUAUUUCAGCGUCGUCUUUAUGAUAAAAAAAAAACGUAAAUAGUUUUGUAUUGAUCACGAAACUUGUUUUUGUUUUACGCAACGAAAAAUACGAAGUUCCUUCAUUUCAUCUGCAAUGUGACGAUCGCGAUGAACCUGCAGAUUACAUUUACGAAGUCUGAGCAACGACAAAAAAGUGAGUGGCACCCCCUGCAGGUAAAGCACAGAAACGUGCUGUGAUUAGCUGAGACACCUGUCAAUCAAAUCCUGAGAUUUCUCAGAAACUGAUUUAAAAAUGGGGGAAGAUUUAAGUAAACUUCGGUCACGUUUGUAAAGGCAGCUUCAGUCCAUUCUGCUUUUUUCUCAUUUUAUUUUUUUGUUGUUUUUUUUUGCUGUGGACGAAAAACAAAAAUGGACCAAAGAAUUUUAUUUGAAAAACUUUUUUGUUCGUGAUGCUAGCAAAAAACUUUAUUGAUCGUUUUAACCACAUGUUCUGAACAGUUCGGAGAAAGAGUCAUGAUGAUGAAAUAAGAUUUUUUUUCUCGUAUACGUCGCAUUUCUGUAGUUAGUUUAAAAAAACACGGAAUCAAGUUUAAAAAGUAUCAAAUAAAUGCUUAAAAUUUAAGUUUGUUAAUGUUACGUCAUUGUGUGCGCGUGUGCACAUCAGCCUUAAAAACUAAAACACUUUACAAACCACAUUUUCAUUCAAAUCUAUCCAGUUUCCCCCCCCCUUCAGAUCCCCCGAGUAUAUACAUACAAAUAUAUAUAUAUAUAUGUAUACGUUUCACCAUGUAAAUGUGUGAACCUGUUGAUUAUAUUUAUUUGAAAAGAUGAAUAAAUAUUUCUGGACACAA